UAUAUCAAAAGGAUACAAGUUAUUGACCCUUGUUCUUUACCAGCGUUCAGAAAAACCUCCCCACGUCAUGACUCAUCCGCCCCGGUUUUCUCACCUCGAUCGAUUACUACGUAAGGCCAACAGCACCUCACAUCGCACUCACUACAGGCUGAACCGCAAAUACUAUCCGUACAUAUCUGUUCCAUUAAGCAUCUCUAGAACAACCUUUUGAUCCAAUCGAUGGACGGUAAUGGCAUCCAAGGGGUUUCGCCUCCAACCGUGGAGGCCACAGAGUCCUUAGAGCUCAUCAAGACCGCCGAGGAUCUCAUUUCCCGCUGCAACAAAAUAUGCGACGAGCUCGAGCACGUGCGCUCAGCUGUUGAAACCCAAGCCGCCAAAGUCAACAACCACUGGCACGCCUACAUCCCCGGCUUCAGCACAUUCUGGCAGGCCAACGUCAGCCAACGCACACGGGCAGAAGCCUUGCUUCAACGAUGCGCAGAAACACACGAACCAGGCUCAGAAGCAGAGGGUUCGCUAUCUCGAGACUUCAGACUAAUAGAGGGUGAACUCGCAUCAUACGAGAAUCACUGGUCGGCGAUCAAGAAGUGCCGCUCAAUCACCUGGUUCCGCUUUGCUGUUCCCUACUCCAAGGCGGGCGGCCAGCAAACUUCGGUGUUCGUCAGUGCCAUUGUCGACAACGGGCAUGAGUGGAUGAGGGUACUUAGCAUCACCGAGCGGGCUCUGUUAGUACAGAUGGCCGAAGCAGACUUUCCCUGGGACGAGCCCGAUAAUGAGGACGAUGACGCCGAGCUCGAAGAGGUUAUCAAUGACGAAAAAACCCAGAUCGAGGUCCUGAAGAGCGCAAAACAGCUGUUGGCUGCCGCUCGCGAGAUACAUGGGGGUUACCAGCAUCGUGUACGAAUCGUGCUUCCCAAUAUCAGCCGUGGCAAUGUACCUGCCAUAGACAGGUUUUUGAAAGGUAUUGAAUGCCUCAGUGACGACCGCAUCUCACUUGCAUUGGAAUGCGCCGAAAAGAUCCAGGCUUCGCCCCCGCCUCUCGAAGUCGCGAUACCAAAUCUUCUUAGUCAUGGCAAUGCUGCGAAAGCACCAUCCCUGACUCCGUGUCUAAACAUCGACACGUCCAUCUUUGUGGCCCUAACGACAGAUAUCUCCCACAGCCACAGCUCCCAAAGGAAGUGGCGUCCCAAGAUCUUGGAAGACGUUGGGGAUGAAGCGGAGCACGGCCCUAGGCUGCCCAAGUCCCUCUAUCCCCUCCUUUGCGGCCACACGCUCGUGUGCACUCGAGAGGCGGCCGAGACAUGUCUGCGCAUGGUGUACGACGCAUCUACAGAAUCAGAAGUCUCUCGAAUAGAGAUAUUGCUUGGCCAGGAGACGAUCAGGGGAAAGCAAGACGACAAGAUGACUUUCCUGGAUCGUGUUCUACGGCAGGAUGGGUGGUGCAUGGAGGGAAAGGACCAUGAGGCAACGGAAAAGCGACGCCGAAACCUCGUUGCAGAACUCCAGAAGCUGUCUUGCCAUCCAGUACCCGAAGACCUACAACUACCCAUUCGUAUUGUGGAAGACUUUCGCAGAGAGCAUGUCGCAGAAGAGGUCCGCAAGGGUACACUGCCAAAGGUCGUGUUGGCGGUGGAGCCAACGUUGAACAAGACAAACUGCUCGUCUUUCUUGUACGGUUGGAAGACGAACCACACAACGAUCACAUGUAAUCGGCAUGCUGUGAGACGGUUGGGGAACCUCGUCAAGAAGAUGCGGUGGUCUCGCGACGCAGAGGCGGCUCCAAUCAUCGCUAUGGACUGGGCUCGAGGUCUAGCAAAGAUGCCAUUCCCUGGCGAGGUCUUGGUAGAUGGUCCGCUGGAGGCGGUCACAGAGUAGUGCCUCCUUCUCUCCUCUUAACUCCCUUCACAUCUCAUCGUGGAAAUGCGCUCGUGCAUCGUUUGGUGAUGAUGGACCGUGGAGACUGGAUCAUGGAGACAUGGACUCUCCGGAUGUUUGAGAUAUGUAGAAAAGCAAACAAGCCUAUACUGGCCGCCGAAGAUGCUGGGCUUUAGUAUAUGGAGAUGUGCAAGUGUUGUGUGUAAGUUAAUCGCAGGGUGCCGCAGCAACCUUCAGAGACUAGGACCUCUCGAAGGAUUCGGCAACAUUUGUAAGCUCUUGCGCAAUCACAAUUUGUCAGCACUAAGAGGGAACACAACACAUAAGAAGAUAGCCAUCAUUCGCAAAUACAACAAAGCUUGUCUCA